AUGCAAAGAUGCUCUUUUUUGAGCCAAUGGAAACCUAAGACAGCUUAUAAAUUUCCCUUGCUGGUAGAAAAAGUUCGGACAUUCAGUGGCGCCAAUCUCCCGCUUCUGUUUGUUGUUGUUCUGAUUAUCGUGCCGCUUGUCCUUUUUUCAAUCUUUGAGGCAAGGAGUGUUUAUGAGACAGGGAAAGGGGCCGGCGUAUGCGUCGUCCUUUUCUAUUACUUUUGGUUAUCGUGUUUUUCGUCGUUUCUCAGAACUGCCUUGAGUGAUCCAGGGGCACUCCCGAGAAACAUUCAUGUGCCUUUGAUCGAUUCUGACUUUAGCCUUCCAGAUGACUAUUUUAACGUCAUCACUCUGCCAGCACCCUGUAGUGAUGGUCGUAACGUCGAAAUCAAGUACUGCACCACUUGCCGCAAUUGGAGACCACCCCGCGCCUCACAUUGCUCCACUUGUAACAAAUGCGUCCUAACGCAUGAUCAUCAUUGUGUGUGGGUUAACAAUUGUAUUGGACAGCGCAACUACCGAUACUUUCUCGCGUUUCUGCUCUCUGCUGUAGGUACAGCGGUGUGCGGCAUAGCCUGUGGGGUCGUCCAUAGUCGUUAUGUUGAUCAUAUUCGGGACGCGCCGGUGGCCGUGCUCAUAAUCAUUUACUGUGGUCUUACGAUGAUAUAUCCUCUGGUGCUAUUGAACUAUCACAUUGCCUUAAGUGCUACACAACAAACCACGCAUGAGUACCUAAGGGCAACUUCAUCAAACUCUACUUUUUGUUAUGUCAUCAAGCCGUCACAAAGGAACCCUUUUUCGAAGCGCAAGGCGUUUCUCAACAUGAUAACUAUGAUUUGCAAGCCUCGUGCAUCAAGCGUUACGGGCAGGAAGAGCUCACACCAUCAAGGUGACUGGCGUUUUACGAAACUGCCUCAACCUCACAGUUUUCAAAAAGCCUAA